AUGGAUCUAACAUACUGCCCCAAAAUUCGUCUGUUCCGAUGGAACGAAAAGCUCGUCGACAAGAAAAACAUGCUCCAAGAUUAUUCACAGGGUCUCUGCCUUUUUGACAUAAUCGACACCACCGUUUACAGAACCCACCGCCCCGAUUCGAGAAAUUCCGAAAUUAGGAAAUCCCUCGAUCGCCGAUGCGACUGUGUUACAACUUCCGAUCUGGGCCGGCUGUUAUCGGCGGCGGAGGAUGAUGAUGAUGAUCAGGACAGAUUGUCGGAACUAAUUACAGAAUUGGUAACCGGAACAGCCCUUUUCUCGCCGGAAACCGCCGCUGAACUCGGGAUACAAAUAUCUACUCACUUUACCAACGAUUAUCAACUCAGAAAAAGGACUGAAACCCAAUUGUCCCCUGUUUUUUAUUCUGUAACUUGCAAAGGGAAUCAUCAUCAUCAUGAGGAUGAAGAUUCCGACAAAGAAGACGAGGAAUGUACGGAAGAAUGGGCACAGGAUGAUGUACGUUGGUAUGAUUACAGUGACGAAGCGGUGGCGUAUUGGAUUCGCCUGAGGAAUUAUCUGGGCGAGCCAAAACAUGACAAUUUGCUAACCAGAGCAAUUAUCAGGGACGAGCCCAGAGGACUUUGGGAAAUUCCACCGACUUCCCUCGUUCCUCAUCGUCAAAGAGGCAUUAUCCGAAUCGAGGAAUAUUGA